CCCUACAAACAGCAACCCUUAGGAGAAAAUUAUGCAAGGAUGACGUAGAUAUAUCACAGUAUGUGUGCAACCUAUAUAUAUAAUAUAUCCACUGAGUUAUAUCAUAUCAUUGAGGAGGUUAUAAUUAACCCAAAACUUAAGCUUAUACACCUUUUAUUUGCAGUUUUACCACCAGUACAAAUUAAAUGCAUUGACUCACAGUUACUGCUACCAAACUGACUUCACUACAAGGCUAUGGGGCUUUAAAGGGGGUGUUGAGAAAUUAAUGUUCCUGAAAGUCAAUGAUUUCUGUUCCUGCUGCUGUUUGUUUUCUCGAACGGCAGCCAAAAGUCGUUCACCCACCUUUUCAUUUAACGCCACGUCGCUAUAAACCCACUACAGGGCACCUCAGACGCAUUUAAAGUCCCUGCAGGAGUGUUAUCUGAAGGCCUGUGGGUCACUGGUCAUUGGUCCACUGGACCCUUAAGCAUCUCCGGCUCAAGCAGCCGCCUCCUUCUCUGCCACAAAAACGCCACACACCAUUCACUCCGACGACUUGGCGGACUGCAGAUGAGACUCUCUCUUCAGGAGGAGGAAAAGGGAGGAAAAUAAAAAACUUUUGGUCAGGAGAGUGCUUCAAGAAGCUGAUGGGCGGUUAGGUGAUUUGGGUAAUGUGAUUACUACUUGUGUAUGGAUUAUCGUUAAGUGCAAACAACAACAACAACAAAAAAUUUUAAAAAAAGGGAAAGGAGCGCGUUCUUGGCAUUAGUUAUUUAUAUAUUCCUGUAAAGCGGCGGGGAUGCGAGAGAGAAGCCACAGCGGCGAGGAUCGCCCGCUCUGAACCGGAGGAGUCACCGGCAGAUGAUGUCCCAAUGUGAGAGUGCUUCCAGAGGAGACGAAGGAGAGGACGAAGGAGGAUGAAGAAGGGGGGAGAGGGAUCGAGAGCGGCAGAGGUGGAAUAUAAUGAAGUUGAGUGGGAAAGGACUGUGCACCGUCUUCUCCAGCACCCUCCUCUUCGUGUGCGCCCUGAGCGAAGUUGUCGUUGGAUUAAGAUGCGUCUCGUUGGGAUCUACGGUGAGAGCGCAUUUCCACCUCGGCGCCGCGGCCGGGGCUUUCUACUCCGGGCUACUUGUGGGAAUCGGGCAGGUCCUGCUGGGGAUGGCGCUGCUCUUUUGCAUGGAGAAGCCCGGCUGCAGGAAUUUCUUUCUCCUCGGUGUUGUGGUCUUCUUGUUGGGAGUCCUCACCGCUUUCUCCGGCGCGGUGGUGGACGGGGACACGGCUUCUCUGGUGGAGAGGAAAUAUUCCCAUUACUGCUUCCACUCUUUGGUUGUGAACCCUGCCUGCGAGCAGCUGAGGGAUUACCAGCGGAGUCUGGUCAUCUCCACUGUUCUCAGCACCUUGGAGUGCGUCUUGGGGCUCAUCAACCUGGUGGUCAUCAAAAGGUACAAAUCAGCGCAGUUUUCUAGGAGCCGACAGUCGAGGCAGCGCGCCGGCGCGAUCCUCUUCAGCGAGGAGCGGGACUGCUCUUCGGCGGAUUUCCAGCCGGUGUCUUACAUCAAUUUGGGUGUUUUUAACGUGUUUGACGAGACAGGUGCAGAAGUGCAGUGCGGGGGACACCCGUCAAUCGAGCUGCCGGGAUACUCGCCCACGGACCCGGAGCUCAAUCAUUGCUUCCCUUUCUCCUACCCGCUCCCCAGUGAACUGCCGCCCGCAUACGAGGACAUUUUCCCCGCUGAGGCAUGCAACACAUAGCCGCUCUGGAGCAGCCCCCCCAGCAGCGCUUUUUUCCCUCUGCUGUGACAAUCAAUGACUUUGUGCUUUAAAACAACCCCCCUCCCCACCCACCCCCCAUACAACCACCACUACCAUCCCUCUCUUCUCCUCCUCUCCCAACACCCCCCAACAAAAACCAGAGCAACAGUGUCAGAGCUCUCAUUAUGAGUGAGAAAAAAACCACUACACCAUCGAAGGGGCUUCAAAAUCGCAGAACCACGUGUGUACGGUGUGUUCACAUCACAGGCAGAUUAUUAGGAAUUUAUAGCUUGAUGUGCUGGAAUCACAGUCAAAAGCCACUUUUGGAUUAUUAGAUUCAAUUAAAAAGAGAACAUUUAUAUUUAACUCCAAGUCCAUUUCACAACUCUUUUUCAGGACUUUCAAUCAUAUCACAAGCUUUUUAAUAAUCUGACCAUCACCGUUGCAAUUAAUCAAUACAUUUUGGUCUAUAAAAUGCUAGAAAACAUUUAAUAAUUCAGCUCAUGAUUUCCUAAACCCAAAAGUCACAUCUUCAAAUGUCUUGUUUUUUUCUGACAAAUGGUCCAAAACUGAAAGAUAUUCAAUUUACAAUGAUAUAAAACUGAGAAAGACAACAAACCCUCACACUGGAGAAGCUGUAACCAGAGACUAUUUGGCAUUUUUGGUUUAAAAAAUGGAUCUAACCAACAAAAAAAUUAACACUAAAUAAAUGUUCUGUCUGUAAAACUUGUCAUUUAACUGACUAAUUGUUCUAAUUCAGUUCAAGUGCACUUUAGGACUCCUCGUCUGUCGGCUUGCAAGGAUGAAAGUUCAUUCUUGACAGGAAAUUAUGGCAUUAAAGUCCCCUUACCUGCUUUUUCUAGAACCUUUAACCAUAUCACGUCAUCUUUAUCCACUGUUGACGACUGAGUGAUCGCAUUAACACCACAAACAGAGGUCCUAAAAGUAUAACAGCUACUGAGCUAGCAUUGCAACAGAUCGAGCUCCUUGCAACCAUAAUAACGAGGCCAUAAUGUCACAUUUGGCCUUGCCUGCGACUGGCAGAGUCACAUUUUCAACACUUGAUCAUUUUGUGGUCAAGUUAGCGAGAAUAAAUGUGCAAAGUCUGGUUAGACUAAAAUAAAGCUGGCUGGGGUCUCAGUUUGGCUUUGGGUUUAAAAACCAAAAACUACUUGGUUAGGUUUAGGAGAAGAUCAUACGUAUAUAACUUAAAACAAGUAAAUGUUGAAAUUUUUCUCUCAUGUGUGGAUUGUUUGACCCAUCCAUCCACCCUGUCCUCCUCCCUGUGCAGACUUUGUCGCUUUUUGUACUGCACAUCCAUGCAUGUGUGUAUUUUCAUAUCAAGCUGAGGCAAAACGCGACACUGACUUAUUCUCUCUAGAGGAUCGGUGGGUCGAUUACGUGCUUUUGUGUGACUUGGCUGUAACACCUGAAUUUCCCCAUGGAGGCUCAAAAAAGGAUUACCUUACCAUAGCUGAACCCCAUCCACUGAUGAAGACAGUGUCAUUGUUUGGCAAACUACUAUGUCCAGAGUCAAUAAAGACUUUUAAUUUCUUGAGUCAAACAUGUGGAGACUUGGAUCAAUACAGUGCCCUAGUUGGUGUUGCGGGAGGCUGAUGAGGAUCAGAACCAGUGAUUUAGUGAUUUCAGUCAGGUGUUGAGAUUCCUGGCUAGUUUUUAUCCAACAGUUUGUAUUGCAAAUAAACCUCCAAACUACAGAAAUAUCCACUGUUGUAAAAAUGUGACAUCAUUGUUUGUAUCACUUCACAGGUUACUGUAAUUCAAACGGACAAGCAGACUGUGUAUAGAUGGAGAAAAGGUUCGAUUGACCGCCUGCUGGUUGCCCAAAAGUGGUCAAUGAGGGUCAUGGAUGACUUAACAGUCCUUUAAUGACCGACUUGGACUCUUCACCGACCUGCAGCUGGAUUUGUGGAUUACAAUCGACUCAUCUCACAUGGUGGCCUCCUGAAUUAAUACUUAAUGAAUGCUUUCCCCCGCUGUUGCAAUUUAAUUAUCUUUUAAACUGAGUAUAAACCAAAUUCUCUGCACAA